AUGCUGCAGGAUUUGCGUCUUCUCAGUGAGGAGAGUACUACCGUCGGCGCUGAAGAGAGGAACAAUGCCCUUCGUCGGCGGACCGUAGACAGUUUUGAUCGCGGAGAAGAAGUUCUUCCAUUCGUUGCGGUCCGCGUACCCUUGGAUCUCCUCAGCUUUGCCGGCAGUCCAGACGUCCUGCAUCUCGCGCAGUCGUUGCUGAAGUUGGCGGCGACUGCGUUAGAAGGCAGCUUUGUUGUCCUCAGCGGGGUGAUCUACGUAGGCUUUGUGUAG